AACUGUCAAAAUCUAUGCAUCUCGCCCACAGCCCAUACCUUGGCUCCUAUCUCCCGCCUUAAUUGUCUUACGUGUAAAUUAGAACACAUCUAACGUUUUUACGCACUUCAUCAUAUUCACAGGAACCCGUCGCCACCAACAUCGAUGAAGUUUCUAGGAUGGAUAAUGCCAACGAUAAAGCUCUCAGAAGAGUUCUAUAUCGCCAAUGUUGGAUUAGACGCAGUCAUGUUUUUGCGGUUCCUCAAGAUGUGCCUUCAGUUCUGUGUUUUCAAUGCGGUCGUUGCCGGCAUUAUUCUUUUCCCAAUUCAUUACACAGGUGGAGGCACCUCUACGGAGGUCCAGCGGUUGAGCAUCGCCAACCUCAAGGACGGCUCGGACUUGUUGUGGGCCCAUGUCAUCCUUACAUAUGUGGUCACUAUCACCUGGAUGUUCCUUCUCUUCAAAAACUAUUGGCAAUGGAUGGAUCUUCGACGAGAGUAUACUCUUCAGCGCAUUCGGCAAGGCGAAAUCGCAGAGCGGUCCAUUUUCAUCAGUCACCUACCAUCCAACCUUCGCUCGGAUGCUGCCUUAAAGCAGUAUUUCGAAUCGCUCAAGAUGGGUCCGGUCGAGUCUGCGACGGUGGUGCAGCAUUGCGGUCGCCUCAGUCGAAAGAUUGACCGGAGAGAAAGUGCUCUGAACAUGCUGGAGAAGGCGCACAUCGAACUGGCGCAGGCGGCCAUGGAGAGCAUCAAGCGUGGAAAAUUUCUUGUGGACUCAUCCCAUAUAGCAACAUUGCAGCGACUCCUUUUGCAGCAGUCGAGUAAGGACUCUACGGCAAUUCAAAGCACGGAUGGCGCAGUGUUAGGGGAAAUGGUGCAGGGCCUACACAAGGAUAAGAAGCAGUACUGCAAGGUGCGCAAAUCUAUCUUUGUCCACAAACGGGAAGCCAAGGCCCAUUCCAAUUCACAACCCCAGCUCAACGUUCCGCUCUCAGCUCUAUCACAUCAUUCCGACAUUAUUGACAUUUAUGUCCACGGUGGAGAGGAGACGGGACAGCAAAUCGGAUCCAGCAUGUCCCUGGCUUCACCACGCCUCACUAUCUGGGAUGCACUCGCAGUGAUAGAUCGUCAUGUUUUGGACAGGCUUCAGCCGACAAGGCCAGCAAGCCGAUUCAAAGGAAGCGAUCGUGUUAGGUCGAUCGAUUAUCUCGUCAAGAAAUACAACAAGCUGGAUCGCAAAGUUGGAGAGCUGCGGGACGGGUCUUUGCGUUACAAGUCGACCUCCUUUGGCUUUGUCACGUUCAAGCAUCAUUUGUCUGCUCAGUUGUGUGCCCAGGCCAAGAUCGACUCGAGGCCGCAGGGGCUGAACGUGCGUUUGGCGAUGGAGCCACGAGAUGUGCUUUGGAGCAAUUUGACGGCCAGCUUUCGAAACCGGUUCUCGAGAUCUGUGGUUGUGAACCUGAGCAUCUGGGUUCUGAUCGUCUUUUGGAUCUUCCCCACGUCGUCCUUCUUGAUCAUGACUUCCAUUGUGGCCCUGUCGGAAAAGUUCAAGUUCUUGGAGCCUAUUCUGAGGGCGUCGCCACUAAUGCAGUCAUUGCUGGAAAACGUCCUGCCCAUCGUUUUCGUGACCAUCUUUCUCGCCCUGGCGCCCAUGAUCAUUCUUGAAAUUUCAAAGCAGGAGCUGCCAGUGUCACAUUCAGCCCUAGAGGGAAAUGUGUUCCGUCGCUACUAUCACUUCCUGAUCUUCAACGUACUCUUUGUCUUCAUGAUCGGAACCGCCAUCCUCAAGUCAAUCAUUACCUUGAUCCAGCAGCCAACCAACAUAUUUACGAUGCUCGCGGAUAGCUUGCCCGCUGGAUCGACAUUCUUUGUGUACUAUAUCAUCUUCAACACCUGCACACAUGCAUUGGAGCUCGUCCAAAUCUGGGCGCAGCUGGUGAUUCACGCUUUUGUCACAUCUCGCAAGCUGACCCCAACACCUCGGUCCCUUCAACGAGCCAACACUCCGUGGGCAUUCCAGUACUACUAUUAUUACCCACAGCUCAUUCUCGCCAUGGUCAUCACAUUCAUCUAUGCGCUCAUCAACCCAUUGAUUCUAGUCGCUGCCGUGGUUUACUUUGCGUUUGCACUCCUAGUCUUCAAACAUCAGCUCGCGUACUGUUACAUCCGAAAGUACGAGAACAGCGGCAAGCUUUUUCGACACGUCUUCCAGUACACAACGGAUGGACUCAUCAUCAUGCAGAUUACAAUGGUCGGUGUCCUCUGGCUAAAAAAAGCCCUGCUCUCAGGAUUCUUUGUCGUUGCCUUGAUGGGUUUCACUAUCUAUUUCAAGAUUCUAUGUGGCGAUCUCUUCAAGUCAAGGACCAAAUUCUUGCCACUCGAUACAGGAUUACGGAAUUUUGACAACGAAUCGCCGUACAACAUGAAUGAGAUCCCUUUGUCCCCAGAAGUGCAUUCGGCCCGUUCGAGCGCCAUCAUGGAACCCGGUCUGCGGCGAAGGAAGAUUGGUGGAAAUAAUGGCGAUGCAGAGCUGGAUGAAAUACUACCUGCCGCCGAGGGAGCGCCUGGAAAAGUAUUUGUGGAUAAGGCACAUGCAGAGGCUCUCACAGACAUUCACACUGCUUCACGAUCCAGUCCAUAUGAAAAGCAGGAAAAGGGUGAUAUGUCAGACAAAAUCGCUGGAACGAUCACUUCAACUGUUGUGGACAGCGACUCGGCUGCCAAGCUGGACGAGAAGGCCGAGAGGGCUGAGAAGGAAACAGAAUACCAUACAACUACAAGUGGAUCGGACCUUGGCUAUUCGGACACAACUGUAGAUUUUCAGGAUGUCAAGGCUCCUUGGAACGCAUCCAAGCAGUCAUUAUCGCCCAAGGUUCAUACCAGUGACGUGAUCGACAACUCUUCAUCCAAACACAGCUUCGCCCGCGACAUCAAGUUGUUCACAGUUGGCGGCAAUCCGAUAAACGGGCCGAUGGAUAUAGCCAGAGAGUUUGCACAACGAGAAGAAGAGUACGUCAGUAGCCCAACUGGUUUUCUGGACGAGGAUGGUUUUUAUCUGGAGAACUUUGGCGCCCAAAGCUCAAAUAUGGUCUGUCAACCGCUGACAUCCCAUUUUGAACAUAAGCCAUGCAAGCAUAUCUACCAAGACCGCACCUCGGACUUUGAGACGUACAUUCACCCUGCAUUACUCAAGCCUCUGAAUCGAAAGCUCUGGCUUCCGAGAAAUCCUCUCUACCAGUACUGGGACUUGGAUGACACCAUGGAGAUCGAUUUUGCGCUGGUCAGCUCGGCGAAUACGGGCAAACUUGAGUUCCAUAUCAAGGACAAGGAGAAUGAGCCCAUGCAGAGUCCCGCUUUAAGCGCGGGUCACCAGCAGCAGCAUCAAUAUUACACUCAGCGUAGGGGCACGGUCGGAUCGAACGCCGACAAUGGCAUGAGUGUCUCUCUACCUUCGCCGUCCAAUUGGCAGGGGUGCCUUUCGGAUUCGCCACCCAGUACCACCGGCCCCAUCUCAGGACCCCUUGGCUCACCUUGGGACAGGUAUGACGAAAAGAGGUCUUUCCAGGACGAGGCGAUUAGUCGUCAUUCUACAGAUGGCCCUGGAACUCCUUCGCGGUCCCCGUUCGUGAAUAGCACCAAGGUGGGAUACGGCGAGCGCAUCCCUGGAAGCGAUUUCGAAGCCAGCGGCCCCGCGAAAUCAAUGCAUUCAGAUGCGAUAACUCCUUCCGCAUCAGUGACAAGUAUGAGGAAGUUCUCGCCAAGUUCGCCUCGCUCAACGACGUUCCUCUCUCCGCCUCAGACCAUGACUAUCAACGGCGAACCGCUCGGCAGCAACACGCGAUACAAACGAAGUGCAUCGAUGCCACCGGCUCCUCAGUUCAUUGGAGGUAUGGCUCCGGGUGCCAGUAGCAGUUCACCAACUGCGUCCUUGUCGCCACAACCGACACCACCUUUCCUCAGUAUUCGACAUCCAUACCUGUCACCGUCGGGCGCCCAUCGAAGCAACAUCUCGUUACUACCGCAGCAGCCAUCUUCAGCGAACCAGAGUCCAAGAGUGGCGUUUAUACAGGAUACGACUAGAUCGACAACCAUGCUUUUGCCUUUGCGUUCGAGCACUUUUGCAGGACCGCUGGCACAUCGCCAUACGAUUAGCCAUGGACAGGGCAACAACAUUCACCAUGGCCCUCACAGCACUAGCGCCCCGUUUUCUGGUGGCUCAGCAAUAGCGAGUGGACACGACACAUUGCCACGCAAGAAUGGCGCUGUGCGCGGAACCGCUGGCGCGUUCUUUAGCAUGAUAUUUGGAGAUGACGAUGAUGACGAGGUCAUGGAUGUGAAAGAGAAUUUGAUGUUUGGGUAUGAGACCGGUGGGAUGUGGAGCACUCGACGCGGCAGUGUGGAUCGUCACGACGAUGAAGAUGACGAUGAGGAUGAUGACGACGACGAAGACGACGAGAGCUCGCAGCAAACAGCGACGCGUGGUGGCGGUGCUGAGGUUGCACAUACGACGAUUAAUAUGGCGGACGUGGGUGUGAGUUCAACCCCGAGAGCAGCGGGUCGCGGUGGGUUGACGGGACCGAUUGGUCGCUUGGAGUUGGCACAUCCUUCGCAUUUGGAUCUUUCAGAGACUGGAGCUGGUCAGGACUCGAGUGCCCAAGUGAACCGACAGCGAUCGAAGAGCUUUGUGGUCAGGGGCUCUAAGAUGCCAUAGACAGGGCACAAUAGAUGCGAAUCAUUAGGAAAAAAUUUUUUACGGACUUUUCUCUCUCUUUAUCUUUUUCUUAUCCUACUAAUUACACUUUUCACUUCCAACUUGUAACAUAACUACACCAUCGUGUAACCUAGCUUCUCCGCGCCCAUUAAUCCCUUUUAAUCAAUAAUCCUAAUAUAGUAGAACCGCAUUUUACAAAAACAUAGACCCAGUAAAGCAAGUCCUCUAGUCCGAACUAACCGCGUGCUGGAUUCACCUGUCGGAGCGUAUUGCUGACGGCUGCCGCUUGAACACGAAAUAUACUGGACCUUUGGCGUGUGUGGAGCAGAUCUGUGGCACUGUUAUGUCAUCGUAGUGUUUGUGGCCAAAAAAAGAACGCGAUCAAACUCAGCCCAAUAUGAUAUCAUCGUAGAUUUGCUUAUAUAACUUUCAGGCACCGCAGGGCACGGACUUUGUUCAAAGACGAUAUAAAAGGGAAGAGAGAGAACCGAUCG